CAAGGUGCCCGUGGCGGCGCCUGACGGGAGCGCGGUGCCCGGGGGCGUCCUCUCGUCCUGCGUCCGCGCCCAGCGCCCCGCGCCCUGCGCUGUUCCUCGUGAGAGCGGCUGGCGGCUGGCGGCGGGCGGCGGGCGGCGCGGCCCCCGGGGCAGUGUCGGACACGGUGGUGCGCGUACACGCAGGCGGGGCCAGGCCGCCCCCGCCAGGACCCGCAGGCCCGGAAACUCUCCCUGUCACAAAGGGGGGAACACGUGGGCGCCGGCUGCCGGGGCGGCGAUCUCAGGGAACUAGGGUCACCUGGAGAGCCGCCCACCAUCUCUGCCCGCUCGACUCCUCCGCCCCGGCCGCCCGGCCGGUCCAGCCGCGGCCGGCGCCUGGCUGUGAGGUGGAUUCCCGGUCCAGUCUUACCAUCUCCCUCCAGUUUUUCUACUUCGUUCGGACCCUCUCAUAACUAUGUCCAUCCUCUACGUCUCCCCUCACCCAGAUGCCUUCCCCAGCCUCCGAGCCCUCAUAGCCGCUCGCUAUGGGGAGGCUGGGGAGGGUCCCGGAUGGGGAGGAGCCCACCCCCGCAUCUGUCUCCAGCCGCCCCCGACUAGCAGGACUCCCUUUCCCCCACCCCGCCUGCCGGCCCUGGAGCAGGGGCCCGGUGGACUCUGGGUGUGGGGGGCCACGGCUGUGUCCCAGUUGCUGUGGCCUGCAGGCCUGGGAGGCCCAGGGGGCAGCCGGGCUGCUGUCCUCGUCCAACAGUGGGUCAGUUACGCCGACACGGAGUUAAUACCAGCUGCCUGUGGAGCAACGCUGCCGGCCCUGGGCCUCCGAAGCUCGGCCCAGGACCCCCAGGCUGUGCUGGGGGCCCUGGGCAGGGCCUUGAGCCCCUUGGAGGAGUGGCUUCGGCUGCACACCUACUUGGCCGGGGAGGCCCCUACUCUGGCUGACCUGGCGGCUGUCACAGCCUUGCUGCUGCCUUUCCGAUACGUCCUAGACCCACCUGCCCGCCGGAUCUGGAAUAAUGUGACUCGCUGGUUUGUCACGUGUGUCCGGCAGCCAGAAUUCCGAGCGGUGCUGGGAGAAGUAGUUCUAUACUCAGGGGCCAGGCCUCUCUCUCAUCAGCCAGGCCCCGAGACUCCUGCCCUCCCAAAGACAGCUGCUCAGCUCAAGAAAGAGGCAAAGAAACGGGAGAAGCUAGAGAAAUUCCAACAGAAGCAGAAGAUCCAACAGCAGCAGCCACCUGCAGGGGAGCAGAAGAAACCAAAACCAGAGAAGAGGGAGAAACGGGAUCCUGGGGUCAUUACCUAUGACCUCCCAACCCCACCCGGGGAAAAGAAAGAUGUCAGUGGCCCCAUGCCCGACUCCUACAGCCCUCGGUAUGUGGAGGCUGCCUGGUACCCUUGGUGGGAGCAGCAGGGCUUCUUCAAGCCAGAGUAUGGGCGUCCUAAUGUGUCAGCAGCAAAUCCCCGAGGUGUCUUCAUGAUGUGCAUCCCACCCCCCAACGUGACAGGCUCCCUGCACCUGGGCCAUGCGCUCACCAACGCCAUCCAGGACUCCCUGACUCGAUGGCACCGUAUGCGUGGGGAGACCACCCUGUGGAACCCUGGCUGUGACCAUGCAGGUAUUGCCACCCAGGUGGUGGUGGAGAAGAAGCUAUGGCGUGAGCAGGGGCUGAGCCGGCACCAGCUGGGCCGCGAGGCCUUUCUACAGGAGGUCUGGAAGUGGAAGGAGGAGAAAGGUGACCGGAUUUACCACCAGUUGAAGAAGCUCGGCAGCUCCUUGGACUGGGAUCGAGCCUGUUUCACCAUGGACCCUAAACUCUCAGCAGCUGUGACAGAGGCCUUUGUCCGGCUUCACGAGGAAGGUGUCAUCUAUCGCAGUACCCGCCUUGUUAACUGGUCCUGCACCCUCAACUCCGCCAUCUCUGACAUUGAGGUGGAUAAGAAGGAGCUGACAGGUCGCACCCUGCUCUCCGUGCCUGGCUACAAGGAGAAGGUGGAGUUCGGGGUCCUCGUGUCCUUUGCCUAUAAGGUCCAAGGCUCAGACAGCGACGAGGAGGUGGUGGUGGCAACAACUCGGAUCGAGACAAUGCUGGGAGAUGUGGCUGUAGCUGUGCACCCCAAAGAUACCAGAUACCAGCACCUGAAGGGGAAGAACGUGAUCCACCCAUUCCUGUCUCGGAGCCUUCCCAUUGUCUUCGAUGAAUUUGUGGACAUGGAUUUUGGCACAGGUGCUGUGAAGAUCACCCCCGCACAUGACCAAAACGACUAUGAAGUUGGGCAGCGGCACGGGCUGGAGGCCAUCAGCAUCAUGGACUCCCGGGGGGCCCUCAUCAACGUGCCUCCGCCUUUCCUGGGCCUGCCUAGGUUUGAGGCCAGGAAAGCGGUGCUGGUGGCGCUGAAGGAGCGGGGACUGUUCCGUGGCGUUGAGGACAACCCCAUGGUGGUGCCACUUUGCAACCGGUCGAAGGACGUGGUAGAGCCUCUGCUGCGGCCGCAGUGGUACGUUCGCUGCGGGGAGAUGGCCCAGGCUGCCAGCGCCGCUGUGACUCGGGGCGACCUCCGCAUCCUGCCUGAGGCCCAUCAGCGCACAUGGCAUGCCUGGAUGGACAACAUCCGGGAGUGGUGCAUUUCCAGGCAGCUGUGGUGGGGCCAUCGCAUCCCAGCCUACUUUGUCACUGUCAGUGACCCAGCGGUGCCCCCUGGGGAGGACCCUGACGGGCGGUACUGGGUGAGUGGACGCAACGAGGCGGAGGCCCGGGAGAAGGCAGCCAAGGAGUUCGGAGUGUCCCCUGACAAGAUCAGUCUCCAGCAAGAUGAGGAUGUAUUGGAUACCUGGUUCUCCUCCGGCCUCUUCCCCUUAUCCAUUUUUGGCUGGCCCAACCAGUCAGAAGACCUGAGUGUGUUCUACCCUGGGACACUGCUGGAGACUGGUCACGACAUCCUCUUCUUCUGGGUGGCCCGGAUGGUCAUGCUGGGCCUGAAGCUCACGGGCAGGCUGCCCUUUAGAGAGGUCUACCUCCAUGCCAUCGUGCGAGAUGCUCACGGCCGGAAGAUGAGCAAGUCUCUAGGCAAUGUCAUCGAUCCCCUGGACGUCAUCUAUGGAGUCUCCCUGCAGGGCCUCCACGACCAGCUACUGAACAGCAACCUGGAUCCCAGCGAGGUGGAGAAGGCCAAAGAAGGGCAGAAAGCUGACUUCCCAGCGGGGAUUCCCGAGUGUGGCACCGAUGCUCUCCGGUUUGGAUUAUGUGCCUACACGUCCCAGGGUCGUGACAUCAACCUGGAUGUGAACCGGAUACUGGGUUACCGCCACUUCUGCAACAAGCUCUGGAAUGCCACCAAGUUUGCCCUUCGUGGCCUUGGGAAGGGUUUUGUGCCCUCACCCACCUCCCAGCCCGGAGGCCAUGAAAGCCUGGUGGACCGCUGGAUCCGCAGCCGCCUGACAGAGGCUGUGAGGCUCAGCAAUCAAGGCUUCCAGGCCUACGACUUCCCGGCCGCCACCACUGCCCAGUACAGCUUCUGGCUCUAUGAGCUCUGUGAUGUCUACUUGGAGUGCCUAAAACCUGUACUGAAUGGGGUAGACCAGGUGGCAGCCGAGUGUGCCCGCCAGACCCUGUACACCUGCCUGGACGUUGGCCUGCGGCUGCUCUCGCCCUUCAUGCCCUUCGUGACGGAGGAGCUGUUCCAGAGGCUGCCCCGGAGGAUGCCGCAAGCUCCCCCUAGCCUCUGUGUCACCCCCUACCCAGAGCCCUCAGAGUGCUCCUGGAAGGACCCUGAGGCAGAAGCUGCCCUCGAGCUGGCGCUAAGCAUCACGCGAGCUGUGCGCUCCCUGCGGGCGGACUACAACCUCACCCGGAUCCGGCCUGACUGCUUCCUGGAAGUGGCGGAUGAGGCCACGGGCGCCCUGGCAUCGGCUGUGUCGGGCUACGUGCAGGCGCUGUCCAGCGCAGGUGUGGUGGCUGUUCUGGCCCUGGGGGCUCCCGCCCCGCAGGGUUGCGCUGUGGCUCUGGCCUCUGAUCGCUGCUCCAUCCACCUGCAGCUGCAGGGGCUGGUGGACCCUGUGCGGGAGCUGGGCAAGCUGCAAGCCAAGCGAGUUGAGGCACAGCGGCAGGCCCAGCGUCUGCGGGAACGCCGUGCCGCCUCAGGCUACCCUGUCAAAGUGCCCCUCGAAGUCCAGGAGGCAGAUGAAGCCAAGCUCCAACAGACGGAAGCAGAGCUCAGGAAGGUGGAUGAGGCCAUCGCCCUAUUCCAGAAGAUGCUGUGAUCCACCACCUAGCUUCCCCGCUCACCCCCAGCAGCUCACCAUGGGGAUGGCAGCAAUAAAAUAUUUUCCCACAAAA